AUGAACAUCGGCUUUUCCCUCUCCAACAACCAGGGUCUCACCAACGUGCAGGAUGUCGUCAGCGUCGCGGCGCGCGCCGAGGAACUCGGCUACGACUCGGUUUGGGCCAGUGACCACGUGUUCAACGUCAGCUACGUUUACGAGCGCAUUGGAACCCGGCCCUACUACGAUCCGCUGACCAUCCUCACCUUCGCCGCCGCCCAGACUCAACGGGUCAUCCUGGGCACCAGCGUGCUCGUCCUGCCUUACCACAAUCCGAUGCGGCUGGCGAAGCAGGCCGCCACGCUGGACCAGUUGUCCGGCGGCCGUGUCGCCCUCGGCGUCGGCGUGGGCGUGAUCGACACCGAGCUGGAAGCCAUGGGCGUGCCCUUCGCCGAGCGCGGGCCCUACACUGACGAGUCCAUUGACAUAAUGAAAACCCUCUGGUGCGACGACGACCCGCGUCACAAUGGCCGGUUCUUCCAAUUUGAAGGCAUGGCGUUUUCGCCGCGUCCGGUUCGUGCGGAAGGCAUCCCGCUUAUCAUCGGCGGCACCAGCCGCGCCGCCAUUCGCCGGGCCGCCCGCCACGGCGACGGUUGGCACCCCACAGCGAUGCCGCCCGAGGACCUGGCCCAGGGCAUUCGCUACCUGCACGAGCAGGCCGAACGCGCCGACCGCGACCCCGACACCAUCCCAGUUUCGGUCAGUGUCCCGUUGCAGGGCGGACGGCCGGGCCGCUUCGCCCUCGGUACCGAGCCCGCCGAAAUGCGCGCCAACGCCCGGGCGUACGCCGACAUCGGCGUCUCGCGCAUCGUGGUUUCCCCGUACUCGGGCGACCCCGAAGUGGUUUUCCCCGCCAUGGAGACCGUGGCCGCUGAAGUCAUGCCGGCCGUCGCCUGA